UCAGCGGCAUCAGUAGUCAUUGAGUUCGUUGUUCGUCCGCCGUCCGUCCGCCCGUCCGCCAUAGCGCAAUCGGGAAAAAGAUUUCCUUCUUUCUGUUCGCUCCCAAUGGCAAUCUCAAUCUCAAUUGCAAUGCACGCCAUCUCGUUCCCUUCCAACCUACGCUUUUCUUCUGCUGCAUCUUCAUCUCAGCCUAGUGCCGCUGCGUUUAAUUUUGUAGAGAACAGCUAUGGCUGCACCAGACCUAAAUUGCGUCGGAACUGUAGGCCUGUAAUGGUGCAGCAAACUGUGCAAGGGCCAUCCUCUGCUUAUGCGAAGGAAAUGGAAAGGCUUUCUGCUAAAGAAUCUCUGCUUCUUGCUUUCAGAGAUGCUGGGGGGUUUGAGGCAUUGGUCACUGGGAAGACAACAGAUUUACAAAGAAUUGAUGUGAAUGAAAGAAUAGUUAGCCUCGAGCGCCUUAAUCCUACCCCUCGACCGACAACGUCACCUUUUUUGGAAGGCCAAUGGAAUUUUGAGUGGUUUGGAGCAGGAAGCCUGGGGCUCUUUGCUGCUCAGGUUUUGUUUGUGAGGUCUCCUCCAGAAUUAGCAAAUCUAUCGAAAAUGGAUGUCAUAAUCAAGGAUGGAUAUGCCAAAGUUUCAGCUAAUCUCAAGUUACUUAAUUCGAUAGAAAGCAACUUUAUCAUCUCGGCCAAGUUAUCUGUUGAGGGGCCACUUCGAAUGAAAGAGGAAUAUAUUGAGGGGGUGAUAGAAUCCCCGAGAGUUAAUGAAGAAUCGAUACCACAGCAGCUGAAGGGUGCACUUGGUCAGGCAACAAACACGUUGCAGCAGCUUCCUGCCCCCAUUAAGGAUGCUGUGUCUGGUGGACUGAAGGUUCCUCUUGGUGGGAGAUUUGAGAGGCUGUUUAUGAUUUCGUAUCUGGACGAUGAGAUUCUGAUAAUAAGGGAUACUACCGGUGUGCCGGAAGUUCUGACAAGACUAGAUCCCGGACCGUCAGUCAUGGCAGAACCCAUGGCAGAGUAUGAAAGUUGAAAGGUACUGCUGCUACUAGUGUAGUAACCUUAUGUUGUACAUUGGCAAAGAGAUGAGUCUGUUAUAUAUGCCAUCAUCCCUCCCUGAAAAAGAACAAACUGGGAAGAAACCAUCAAAGCUCAUUAACAUCAUCAUCAUAAUAAGAACAACAUACUUAAUACAUUAUGGCAACAUCUUCCCCUCCUAAUUUAUCAUGCGGGCUAGUUGAUUGAUUAUUACUUGUC